AUGGGAGGCGACAAACGACCUUACGAUAUCACCAUGUCGAGGAGGACCAGAAGGCCGCCGAAAGUCAGAGAUGCAAACGAGAACUCCCCGUGGGACUGUCCGCCGAGAGAUGUCGCUCAUGAAAGCGAAGAGAAUGAUAGGAAGAGCUUGAAGGAGCUCAUCGACGGGGACGAGAAAACAAAGGCGGUUUCUGGGGGCGACGAAGGUGGCAAAGGGAGGAGCUCGCUGGGGCAACACUUUACAGAAGGAGAGAAGCAGCUUCAAAUAGUUGGGGUGCAACAGAAAGAGAGUCUUCACGGACUGAAGCUGAAGAAAAUGGUGAGUCGCUAUGCCAAGGUUUUAGGCUACUUGAUGAAGAAAAAUAGAGACCCUUCUCUAAGAGACUCCAAGAAAAAGCCAAUUCCCAAGUUAAUAUUGUAG